GCGGCGGCGGGCACGGCCGAAGGACCGGGAGGCGGCGGCUCGGCCCGGAUCGCCGUGAAGAAGGCGCAGCUGCGCUCGGCUCCGCGGGCCAAGAAACUGGAGAAACUCGGAGUGUACUCUGCCUGCAAGGGUCAAGUUCCCAGGUUCCAGAUUCUCACGGCCAGACUGCAUCGACCGCUUCUGGAUUUUGAUGUAAAGAUUGUUCAUCCUGCUGGAACCUCUCUCCCUAUAUAGUGAUGCCGUUUUCAGUAUUUACUGGAGCUUCUCAAGCGCACGGGAAUGUCUGUGCUUACUAACUACCCUUUUCCCCCACACCGUUCACAUCCUCGUGUGUGGGAUGAAUGCCCACCGUGUCCCCUACAUGCGUGUAAUAAAUAAUUGCUGAAUGAAUGUAGUAGGAUCUAGCUCUACUGCUUUUCAAACUUUGAGGUGCAUGGGGAUCACCUGGGGAGCUUUACUUUUCUUUUUUUUAAGAUUUUAUUUACUUCUUCAUGAGAGACAUAAAGCACAAGAGAGAGAGAGAGGCAGAGACACAGGCAGAGGGAGAAGCAGGCUCCAUGUGAGGAGCCAGACAUGGGACUCGAUCCUGGGUCUCCAGGGUCACCACCUGGGCCGAAGGUGGCGCUAAACCUCUGAGCCACCCGGGCUGCCCACCUGGGGAGCUUUAAAAUGCGAAUUCUGAAUCGGUGGAUCUGGAGUGGGGCUGAGAUUCUGCAUCUCUAACAAACUCUCAGAUGAUGUGAUGCCAGUCCAAUGACCACGCUCCAAGUAGCAAGUCCCUGGUUCAGACCUGGGCAAUGUUUUAUUAAUCCCUUUUGAAUUCAGCCAAGAAAGCAACUGCCCUCCUCUGAGGGCAAUACAGGAUUGGUGUUUAUGAAGGACUGCAAAAAAGAUAGAGGGGAGGAUACUUCUAAGAAAGGUGAAAGGCCACGAGGUGGUCAUAAGGGGCAUAAGACUAGUGGCAACAAGGCGUGGAGUCUAGUAGGCAGAUGGGAGAACUGUGCCCAGAAUGGAAAACAAGGUCAUUUAUUUAUUGGACUUGACAUUCUGCAGCUGGAAUGGGUUCAUGUAGUGACUGUCAGUUCAGUCACUUUUUAUUAGGUUCCCCACACCAACACCUUCUCUCCCAGCAGCCUGCCUUAAUGUCUGAAAAAUUCCCUGAAGUUUUGGUCCCCAGAACCAUGAUGCGCCCUGCACUCAUGUCUUUGAUCCUUUCAGAUUUCUGAGAGUGAGAUGUAGCAGCUUUCCUCAGGUUUGUGACUUGCGUGGUUUCAUGUUCACACGCACAACCAAACUUUUAGGAAGGGAAAGCUGCUCAUUAAAGGCCUCUCUUUCUGCUCUUGGGAGACUCUGGACAUGUCCAUUUUUAUUUGCUCAUUCGUUCAGUAAAUAUUUAGAGGGGUCACAACUAGGUGCCAGGCAUUGUGCUAGAUGCUGGGGCUAUGACACCAGAAUGUGUUCUUCUGGAGCUGCUGAGCGUAUUUGUACAUGUGCACGCACGUGCAUGCAUUGUUUGGGGCCCGGGGAUGUAGGCAGUAGACCGUUUACAAUGAUGUUAGAAAACCCUGCUUGCUUAGGAUGGUGUUGGAACCCAGAGGUGGGCAGUUCUAGGGCUGGAGCAUGGGUGGGGUAGGAAUGGCUUCCUGGAGGAAGUGUCAGUGGGUGCUUAGGACUCUUGGCAGUGCAGGGUGGGGUGACGUGAAGCUUCUUGAAGUGGAGAAACUGAAAGCACUUGUGAAAGCUUGGACCUGGGCCAGCAGGAGCUAAAGCUGCAUUGGCUGAGGCCACCAGGUUGGGGGGCAAUGUGUGUGGCCAAGAGGGCAUUGUGGAAUCCAGGAAUUUUAACGUGGGGAGUAACAUUCUCUCAGAUUUGCUUUAAAACGAAAACAAAAACAAAAACAAAACCUCUGUUUGGUUGGGUGUGAGGGGAAUGUGAGAGAGCAGAUCUGUGGUUCUUUAUCAGCUUGUCUCUAUCCUUCAUAUAAAAAAGCCCCCAAAGGACAGAUUCCUCUACCUUUUGUCACUGAUGGGCCCCUUGGCAAAGUGGAGGGAGUAGAGAGGUGAGAGAAUGAGGAGGGACUGGAAAGAGAGGAGUAGUUUACUGGGGGUUAUUAGAAGAAAAGCAGGUCCCAGACCUGAUAAAAGAUCUGGCCUUUAAACUUCACAAACGAAACAGGAGGAGGGAGCUAGUUCACAGCCCGGGUGGUAUGCCACACCCUGGAGAGAAGAAAAAAGAAGAAACAAACAAACUUGUUUUGCAGGAUCUAGAGUAGAGUUCUUUGAACUAUGUUCUGGCAAAGGUUGCUUCAGAGAGUCACUUUGCUUCUGUGUGACACAGCCAGAGUAAUCAUUAAAAAUGUAGAUCUGACCACAUUAUAUCUCUACUUGGGUCCCUUAAUUUCUCUUUGCUGGAGUCCACAAAGCCCUGCAGGGCCUGACCACUGCUGUGUCUGGCCCCUUUGCAGGGCGCUGCAUGCAUGGUUCCCUUCUACCUCAGGGCCUUUGCACAUAUUGUCCACUGGAACUGAAAGCUCUUCUCUCAACUCACUUUCACAUUAAGUCCCAACUCUUCCUGCCAAUCUCACAUUUCUUGCAUUUCCUUUACCUGCUUGGCCAGCCUUUCUGUUAUAAAUUGUUUGGAACCCCCUUGUGCUUGCUUUUCCUUCCCAGUGCUUUUAUCCCAAAUUUUAAUUGUGUGAUUAUUUGAUAUGUGUUUGUCUCUGAAUAGAUUCUAAGUGGUGUGGUUAUUGACUUGGGUGAAUGAACUGGAGAAGAGAAAACUGAGGAAAAGUUUAGCUCUUCAGGAUAGUGGUAGUGAAAUUUGAGCCUGACUGCUUCUUGACAGUCAGGUAGAGGGAAUUCUUUCAUAUAGUGCAUUUUUAGGUAUCUCACAGGUGUGCACAGGACUGGGUUUUUAGUGUUAUAGAAGAAACUUAAGUAAAUAUAUAAGUAGGUCAAAUCUCAGUCUCCAUGAGUUUAAGUAUAAUUUAUCUACUAAAAAACCCCACUGACUCUUCCUAAUGAAAUAGGCCAUUUAUACAUGCAAGGAAGCAGUAGGGUAUAGUGGCCCACAGCAUGUGCUUGAGUUCAGACUUCAGGAUAUCCAGGGGUGUGAGCUUGGACAAUGACUUUACCUCAGCCUCCAUUUCCUUGUCAAUAAUGAUACUGUCUCAUUGCAUAACAGGGAGGGUUUAAACUGGGCUAAUCUGUAUAAGGCAUCCAGCUGGGUGUCUGGCCCAGGGUAAGCCCCUACAGCAGCUCGGAGUAGGGAAUACACUGUUAAUGUGGAAAUCUGGAAAGACCGUGGGAUUUAGAGGAUCUCAAAUCUCAGCUCUGCCACUCGUGUGAUCUUGGGCACAAGUCAUCCAGUUUUGCUCUGAGCCUUGAUGACUUCCUCUAUAAAAUGGAGACUAAAACUUCAACCUUGAAGUUAAAAGAGAAAAGGUCCUCCAAAGUUCCUGGAACCCAAAAGUGUCGGAUUAAUGCUGGGUGAAUGGAGUUGCUGCAUUGUCUGUCGGAGUCAAUGGCCAAAGAGCAUUUAUUCAGAACCCAGUUGCUUUGAUUCUGGGCUGACUGCCAUACUUGGCCGAGGAGUCUUGUAAAUGUAAUGGCUGGAAAAAUCCCAACCCUUCUCCCACUCCCCCCAGAGCUGAUCUGCAGCAAAUAAUCGUCAGUCUAACAGAAUCCUGCCGGAGUUGUAGCCAUGCCCUAGCUGCUCAUGUCUCCCACCUGGAAAAUGUGUCAGAGGAAGAAAUGAACAGACUCCUGGGAAUAGUGUUGGAUGUGGAAUAUCUCUUUACCUGCGUCCACAAGGAAGAAGAUGCAGAUACCAAACAAGUUUAUUUCUAUCUAUUUAAGCUCUUGAGAAAGUCUAUUUUACAAAGAGGAAAACCUGUGGUUGAAGGCUCUUUGGAGAAGAAACCCCCAUUUGAAAAACCUAGUAUUGAACAGGGUGUGAAUAACUUUGUACAGUACAAAUUUAGUCACCUGCCAUCCAAAGAAAGGCAAACAAUAGUUGAGUUGGCAAAAAUGUUCCUAAACCGCAUCAACUAUUGGCACCUGGAGGCACCAUCUCAACGAAGACUGCGAUCUCCCAAUGAUGAUAUUUCUGGAUACAAAGAGAACUACACAAGGUGGCUGUGUUAUUGCAAUGUGCCCCAGUUCUGUGACAGUCUACCUCGCUAUGAAACCACCCAGGUGUUUGGGAGAACACUGCUGCGCUCAGUCUUCACAGUCAUGAGAAGACAACUCCUGGAACAAGCGAGACAGGAGAAAGACAAACUGCCACUUGAAAAACGAACUCUCAUCCUGACCCAUUUCCCAAAGUUUCUGUCCAUGUUAGAAGAAGAAGUUUAUAGUCAAAACUCUCCUAUCUGGGAUCAGGAUUUUCUCUCAGCCUCUACCAGAACCAGCCAGCUAGGAAUCCAAACAGUUAUCAGUCCACCUCCUGUAGCUGGGACCAUUUCAUAUAAUUCAAACUCAUCUUCCCUUGAGCAACCUAAUGGAGGGAGCACCAGUCCUUCCUGCAAAGGCUCUUCUGGGCUUGAGGCAAACCCAGGAGAAAAGAGGAAAAUGAAUGACUCUCAUGCCUUGGAGGAGGCCAAGAAACCUCGAGUUAUGGGGGAUAUUCCAAUGGAAUUAAUUGACGAGGUCAUGUCUACCAUCACAGACCCUGCAGCAAUGCUCGGACCAGAGACCAAUUUCUUGUCAGCGCAUUCAGCCAGGGACGAGGCAGCAAGGCUGGAGGAGCGCAGGGGUGUGAUUGAAUUUCAUGUGGUUGGCAAUUCCCUGAACCAGAAACCCAACAAGAAGAUUCUAAUGUGGCUAGUAGGUCUACAGAACGUUUUCUCACACCAGCUGCCCCGGAUGCCAAAAGAGUACAUCACACGGCUUGUCUUUGACCCGAAACACAAAACCCUUGCCCUAAUUAAAGAUGGCCGUGUCAUUGGUGGUAUCUGUUUCCGUAUGUUCCCAUCCCAAGGAUUCACAGAGAUUGUUUUCUGUGCUGUAACCUCAAAUGAGCAAGUCAAGGGCUAUGGAACACACCUGAUGAAUCACUUGAAAGAAUAUCAUAUAAAACAUGAUAUCCUGAACUUCCUUACAUAUGCUGAUGAAUAUGCUAUUGGUUAUUUCAAGAAACAGGGCUUCUCCAAAGAAAUUAAAAUACCUAAAACCAAAUAUGUUGGCUACAUCAAGGAUUAUGAAGGGGCCACUUUAAUGGGAUGUGAGCUAAAUCCCCGGAUCCCAUACACAGAAUUUUCUGUCAUCAUUAAGAAGCAAAAGGAGAUCAUUAAAAAGCUGAUAGAAAGAAAACAAGCCCAGAUUCGAAAAGUAUACCCUGGACUUUCCUGUUUCAAAGAUGGAGUUCGACAGAUCCCAAUAGAAAGCAUUCCUGGAAUUAGAGAGACAGGCUGGAAGCCGAGUGGAAAAGAGAAAAGUAAAGAGCCCAAAGACCCUGACCAGCUUUACAGCACGCUCAAGAGCAUCCUCCAGCAGGUGAAGAGCCAUCAAAGCGCUUGGCCCUUCAUGGAACCUGUGAAGAGAACAGAAGCUCCGGGAUAUUAUGAAGUUAUAAGGUUCCCCAUGGAUCUGAAAACCAUGAGUGAACGGCUCAAGAAUAGGUACUACGUGUCUAAGAAAUUAUUCAUGGCAGACUUACAGCGAGUCUUUACCAAUUGCAAAGAGUACAACCCCCCUGAGAGUGAAUACUACAAAUGUGCCAAUAUCCUGGAGAAAUUCUUCUUCAGUAAAAUUAAGGAAGCUGGAUUAAUUGACAAGUAAUUUUUUCCCCCUCUGCUUCUUAGAAACUCAUCAAGCAGUGUGCCUAAAGCAAGGUGGCUUAGUUUUAUAAAGAAUUGGACAUGAUGUAUUGAAGAUACUUGUAAAUGUAAUAAUUAGCACUUUCGAAAAACAAACAAAAAAACCUCUUAGCUUUUCAGAUAUGUAUUUAAAGUGAAGUCAUAGAACAUUUUUAUUUUAUGGAAUAGAUUUUAAUCUAUUUACUACUCUUAAUGUAAAUUUUCUAUGGCAUGUCCAUUAGCUGAAUAUUCAAUAAUAGAUGAUCAGGGGUUUCCUCAAAACCUGUGUAUGAGGAAAUUGCACAUAGUACCAAGAUUUGGGGGAAUGCAGAAACCUUUCAGACCAUGAAUGUUUCCAUUUUUUUCUAAUGGAAUGUGAGAGUUUAUUUUUAUUUUAUUCUGAAGGACUUUAAGGAAGGGAUACAUGAUAAAGCCUGUAAAAGGUGAAAUAUGUGAUGUUUGAAGUCUCAUUGUAGACAUUUUAUAUAUAUUUUUUAAAAACACUCAUCUAGAUGAGGUGCUUUGAGCAGUUCUGAAAAAUGCAGUUCCAGAAAAGUAACUGCCUUGAUUCCUAAGGAAGAAAUUCUAAAUAAUGCAAACUUUUUUAUAAGCAUCUGGGUUUUUGAUAAUUCUGUCUACUUACAAUAAACUUGUGAGCACAUAACCACUAUUUUAAUAAUUAUUUUCUCUACACAAAUGUGUAAUAUUAUAUUUGACUUUGCUUAUGCAGGCCAUAAGUUCCAAAAGGCAAUCUCCUGAUGCACAGAGGCAUAUGUUUAAAAACACUUGAGAUUGAAUCAACAUGCUUUAAUAAGAAAAGAUGCAUAAUCUACAUAUGUAUCAAAUUUGGUGAAUCCUUGUUCUAACGAAUAAGGAUUUUUUUCUCCUUUUCUAUGAUAUACACAACCCCACUGAUAAUGUAUUAAGUGAACAUUUUUCCUUUUCCAUCUCCAGAUUAUAUUCAUUGUCUGAGGUGAAUUAAAUCACCAAAAUUUGCUGUCAGUAUUUUAACACCUACAUUGGAAGACAGACCCAGGGUAAUAUCCCACUAAAGUCCAUCAUGCAACCUUAUUAACUGGUCUUGGGAUUCCGGCUUAGUGCUUGGGUUUAUUUCCUGAUUAACACUACAUAGAAAAGUGGGACAUCUGCCAUCCCAACUCUGGGAGAACCAACUAAUAUCAAACAAAUGAAGGCCAUUUUGAUGGUCUUUGACACUAAUUUUUAUGAUACAAAUUUAUAAACUGAUUUUUGUAAAGGACUAGGUUUUAAAAGUAUAUUUAACUUGAUGUUUUCUAUCAGCAUAAAUGAAUUAAAAUGAUCAUUUAAUAGUUGUUAAAAACAGUUGCCAGAGAUAAUCUGCAAGAAGGAAGAAAAUCUGCAAAUGGCUGUUAAGUGGGAAGUAUUAUGUUUUUAAGAUGUAAGAGAUAUUCAGAAUGCUCACACUGAAAAUUGCCUCAACUUUUUUAAGUAUAAGAAACCACCCUGAGUGGCAUCUAGAUUUCUAAUGAAGAAUGAUGAUACAGUUUGGAUUAAGUAUCUUGGACUGGUUUUAAACAGUGCUUUGUACUGAAUCUGCUGAAGCAUCUGUCCAGCUUGGUAUCCUGUGAAAGUUUGUUAUUUUCUGGGUAGACAUUCUUAUAGAGUAUUGUCUUUAAAAUCAGAUUGUCUCUUCUAUAUUGAAAGCAUUUUUAUGUUUUCUAAUUUAAAAAUUAAUAUUUUCUUAUAGAUAUUGUGCAAUAAAGCUGAAGUAGGAUGUGUGGUUUUUGCAAAUGCUUUAACAGCGGAUAAAAUUUUACAUUUGUAAAAUUAAUAUAUUGUACUGGUACAACAUAGUUUUAAAUUAUAUUUUAAAAAGCUCUCA